AUGAGAGCUCUUGGGCUUCUCUCCGCGGCCGGCCGUGGGCUGACCAUAGCCACGGCUUGCGGGCUCCUGUGGUCGCAGCUCCCAGGCACUGUAGAUACUCUUUUCGAUCUCACUUUGCCUCAUCUGAACAAGACUGUAGUGGAAGCGGAGGGUUCUUCGUUUCUGUCUCAGGAUGACAAAGGGAUGUCCAGCGGUCCGCAUGACAGUGCCCUGCGAGGUAACGGAGUCCUCUUUACCGAUGCUGCCGUCCACCACCACCUCCGCCAGGAUUUCUCAGACGGUAUCAGUCAAAACGGGAUAGCCCCGGACAUCGCUGCGCCGCUAGAAGGUCUAGCGUCUCCCGGAGAGGAGACGGGGAUGUCAGGUGGAUCCAAAUCGGUUGAAGUUGCACCGCAUGCAGACCGGGAACUACCACUGGACGAGGCGUCAUCUGAGAGACGAGCGUCAGCGCUGAGCCCACAUGAGGCCAGCCGUGAAAGCGGCAAGCAGGCAGAGGGGCGCUCUGACACCCUCCCUUCCACCGAGUCCAUCCUUUUGCAGACUGAAGGGCUUCCGUUCCUUCUCAGCGCGACUAUGCGCGGCGAGCGGCAGACACCCGCACUGGCAGCUUUUAGGCUAUCGCAAGAGGCAGAACGUUGGGCACGACUAUCAGCCGAAGCACAGACGUUCAUAAAAAAGCGCUUUCUAACGCUGCCAAUCCGUGGAAUAUCGACCUUCAUAGGGCUCGGCGGCUACUUCGGCUUUGCUGGCCUUGUGACCGUUGCCGCUUUCCCAUUUAGGGCUCUUCACUACAUUUUUGAGAGCGCCUUCAAGGCUUUCAUGCGCAACAGAAAGGGACGAGAGAUGGCGCAGCGCACCGUUCGUGCAGCGGAGAGAAGUGAAGCUCAGGAAUUUUUCUCGAGGGAGGUUCAGAACGGAGUGGAGGUAGACUUGAAAAUGAAGCUUCUGCAUCGCCUAACUCGAGAGAUACGGUUGAGAUCUAAUGAAGACUUCAGUGUACCGUGGAAAAACGUGCCCGAAGCAGCCCUAAUCCAACGUCUGCGGCAAUUGAACACUUUCUAUCAAGAAAAAAUCAAAGGGAGCAAAGAGUUCUCCGACAUGUUUCCUCCCCCGAGCCGGUGGCGAACGAAGCUCUUCAGAUUUGUGUUCCGCCGGCGAACUCACAAAAAGAAUGAAGAUAUCUUGUUUUUAGCCUUCGUCAACGCGGUGAAAGACAGCACGUUCAAGACCUCUACUAACCAGCUUCAGGAACCGGAUGCCGACGCGGCAUCUUCAAUUAUUCAUUUACUUCUUCAGAGCAUGGACCUGGUUGCCAAAGGAGUUUUCUCAGAUGCAGAGGCGUUUCUAUCGGCAAACCCAGAAUAUGUUGGCGAGGACGCCGUAGCGGCGAGUGCGACACACAUUGCUAACCACGUGAUCGGCAUGCGCUACGAACUAGUUGCACUCAUGCAGCAGCUGGUUAAGUCUUCUCAAGAGAUCGAAGACUACGUUCAGGAUACGCAGCGACGAGCUUCCGACGCCUUUGCUCUCGCCACGGAUGCAAAGUCAGCGUAUCCCACUCUCUGGGCCUUUGCCUCUCAAGUCCUCGCGGCCUCUAUGAACAACCUCUUCCAGCAUCCUGUCAAAGGCGUAUUACUGACUCCAAUUGAAAUUUUGCAAGCGUGCCGCGGUGUGGAACAACUCGACGCAGCAGAGCUCCAUAGAGGGAGACGAGUUCCACUGGACACUAACCGUGGCUACUGGGUCUACGUAUACCGUCAGCCCAAUGAUGACAGCGCCGGUCUCAAGCACCGAUGCGUAAAUUCGCCUCUCACUCUGGUGGGCGAGCCGAACUUCUUCGUUCGACCGCAGAAGACAGGCGAGCAGCAAGCAACGAUCCCAACAGUAUUCGCGAUGAGCGACUUCCGACGAGUGGCGGGAAACUUCAUCGUCGAGAGCAUCCUAGAGCCCCGAGUCGUCGUCAACCGGCUGAUUCAAGUAACACCCGCUCAUGUUUUCAAUGCGAUGGCCUCCACCGCCAUCAACCGUCAUACGCGCGAGAUGGCCAUGCGGAUGGGCUACGCAGUCAUCGGUCCGCUGCCACUAGGCUGGGGAACCUACUCCAGCUGGCGCAAAUGGAUAAAGGAGCAUCUGACAAUCGUGCCCCUCUGCGUGGCAACGCAGCUCAAUAUUGAAGAGACACCAGCGGAUAUCGCGACCCUGAGAGAUUUGAGCAUGCGCGAUGCACAACACGUCUUCGAACGCUGCGGCUUUACCGUUCCCAAGCCGAAGCUAUCCGAUACUCUUUUCGGCUCGUCUACCGUAUCCUUCCUAACUGGCCUCCGGAGAAUAAAAAUCAGUCGCGGGCCGCGUGCAGCAACAAAACAGAUUCGCGAGUUUAUUUGGAAGCAGUUGGCGCUAUAUUUGAUUGCUGAUACGACGCCAGAGCCCAAACGAAGCCAAUAUGUAUCAGACGCCACCGAAUUUUUCGUCUCGGAUCCGAUGGCGAGGUACCUUAACCGGAGCUUCGCAGAGGCAAUCAACGAACUCGCGAUCAAAGCUUAUGUCCUUCCUCAGGCUAGACAGAGAAACGAGGUGCUGUACAGGAACCUAAAUGCGGCUUCGAAGAGGGCAGCAAAGCCACUUCCAGUGCCUGCGGUUGGCGAUUUGCCACUGCGCACCAUUGCUGGCGGAAUCUCAGCGUGGAAGGCAGAGAUGGAACAAGCAAUCAAGAAGACUGUGGACCCCGUGGCGGAUAGAGUGGUUUUCGACGUUCCCGCUGAGAACUAUAUUCAAGCCUGCAACGCACUGAAGAAUUUAAGCUCCACCAAGCAAGAAGAUCCAGUCGUCGUUGCAAGCACCCUCCGUCUGUUUGGAUUUGAAGGGCGACCAAUCGCCGGCGAUCUCGAAUGUGCCGCUCCUGAGCGGAGUGACUCCGGCACUGGGAACCGGCGUUACCCGGCGGAGGAUUUCACCGUGAUUGGCAUGAACAGCACCUCUGAACCCACGAAACUCGACCCGUCCCUUCUUUUUUACGUAGCUAUGGACCGUGCCCUUCUCAAACUAGACAAGGCUGAAUACCUGCCCUUCCUCCUUGGCGAGCUCGCUUCUUCGAGGCCCACUCUUUUCCAGGCGGGUAGUUUGCUUCUGCGUAUUGACCAGAACACGAUAGUCUCCAGCGUCGCAGAGGAUAUACGAGCGGCUGCAAGGGGAUAUAGGCCGCAUGCAGCUACGAAAACGUACGACCGAAUGAAACGCCUCUUCAUGACGUACUUUGACUUCAGAAUUGAAGGUUUUCGACACAAAAAUGGCCGCGACUGCUUCCGAGGUCGAAAAGAACCAUUCGCAGAAACUGGAACAUGGACGGGAGACUAUAGCCUUCACGAAGUGAGCCGAUCCUCUGAUGGAGGUGUUGCUCCGCGUUCAAGUCUUCAGCUGGCAACAGACUGCGACUUUUUGGCGAGCAUGAACAUUGAACAUGUCGCAAGAAAGAGUCUGACAGAGCUGGCGACCACCGGCACCAGCACUGUUCUUUUUAAUGACACCCUUACUGACACGGAGCUCAUGGAACUGUCAAAGACCGAUGCCAGAUUUGCUGCGACGCCGCUGCUGGAAUCCCAUGGCGACGAUCCAGUGGGCCUGUUCCGGGAUAUGAGGCUUCUCCAGCACUAUCCAAAAAUACUUUCUCAGGCGCGGAGCUUUCUCGAGCGCUACAACCGCGAAGAACCAGCCGCGCUCGAGGGACUACGGCAGUAUCUAACGCGGUUUCUACGUACAGACAGCCAGGAGAACUUUUUCAAAGGAUUUGAAACAGUGUCCAUCCUGCAGCUGCUCUGGGACCUCAAUGGCGUCACGCCGGACGACAAAGGUCCUCCCAACACCAUCCGGCGGAGGCUGCCUUUGACGUUGUUGCAAGGCAGUCUCGGAAGGUCCCAAACGUUCCCUUUCGCGGACUGGCUUUCGUUUCCCGUCGCAGAAGAGCAGCCGCUUCCUGAUGGAAGUGUGGCGCACAUGGCGCUCGAGGAGUAUUACCGGGAAAGGACUGCAGAUCGCACCCUGACUGGGACGGUCAGUCUCGCUACUUGUUUCUCCAGAGGCAGCCAAGCUCCAAUAAAGUGCGCUACUCUUUUUUGUGCAGCUGAGCCGCUCUACGACGCACCGGUCACUGGCACAAUGGCUCUACUGGCAGGGGGCGGGACGCCCAUCGUCAAGCUUCUCAAGUGGUUCCAGUAUGUCUACGCACAUGCCGCAGUACAGGGCGCGGUUUCCUCCGCCGCAGAGAAGGAGAUAGAGCCCCCUUGGGACGCGCCGAAACAACCUGCAGAUUCCGACAUGCUCCUAGCUCCUGCAGACGCACGGACUGGCUGA